UGAUCCGUGGGGCUCAGAGCUCUCUAAUCACGUCCCUGGAGCUGCGCAGCAUAAUGGCUGCCGCGGCUUUGCUGACAGGCAGUUUACACCAGUUUUUACCAUUCAUCCGUAGUGGUGUUAGGAGCACUAAGCUCAGUAGAUUAAUUACCACAAAAAGUACCAGCAAAAUUUAUCAAUUACAAAGGUGCAAUUACUGUUCUUCGACAAUGGCGAAGUUUGAGUACCCAGAAGCAAGGAGAGAUGAAGAAUGUUCUGAGAAUUAUCAUGGCGUUGAGAUAAAGGAUCCAUACAGAUGGCUUGAGGAUCCUAAGGGAGAGGAAACCAAGGCCUUUGUUAAUGCUCAAAAUGCAAUAACAAGACCUUUUUUGGAUUCCUGUCCAGUGAGACAAGAUAUUCACGAUCGUCUUAAACAGCUGUGGGACUUUCCCACAUAUUCGUGCCCUGGAAAACAUGGCGACAAGUAUUAUUUCUAUAAAAAUACGGGACUGCAAAACCAGAGUGUUCUCUACGUUCAAGACACUUUGGAUUCAGAGCCUAGAGUAUUCCUAGAUCCAAAUAAAUUCUCGGAAGAUGGUUCUAUUGCCAUUAUGACUACAAAGUUCAGUGAAGAUGGUAGCAUAUUUGCCUAUGGAUUAUCAAACAGUGGUUCUGAUUGCAGUACUAUCCACUUUAUCAAUACAAAAACAGGCGAAAAGUACCCGGAAGUCCUUGAAAAGAUCAAGUACUCGUACAUGACGUGGACGCACGAUAACCGGGGAAUAUUCUAUGGAACUUAUCUGCAGCAGGAGGGAACAACUGAUGAGAUCAAAACACUCGGUGCGAAAAACCAGAAGUUGUGCUAUCAUCUUAUCGGGACUCCACAGUCUGAGGACGUUAUCGUCGUGGAAUUUCCCGAGGAGCCCCUCUGGAGAAUUGGUGCCGAAGUUACAGAUUGUGGAAAAUGGUUGAUCGUUACUCCUCUGAAGGAUUGUCGAGAUAACCUGGUGUACUUUACAGCACUCGAGCCAGGAAAAAAAAUCGAUGGGAAACUACAGCUGACUAAAAUAGUCGAGAAAUUUGAAGCUGAUUAUGAAUACAUUACGAAUGAUGGUACCAAAGCAAUCUUCAGAACCAACAAAAAUGCUCCCAAUUAUUGUCUCAUAUCCAUCGAUUUGGAGGAUUACGCUGAAUCCAAAUGGACUGUGUUGUUACCAGAGCAUCCAGAAAGAGUUCUGGAUUGGGUUGACGCUGUGGAUGGAGAUAAGUUUAUGGCGCGCUACAUUAAAGAAGUCACGGACGUCUUGCAACUUCACAGUCUCAAAACUGGUGAACUAUUGCGAAAAUUUCCACUAGAUCUCGGCACAAUAGUAGGUUACAGUGGAGAUAAGAAGUAUUCAGAAAUUUUCUAUCAGUUCGCUUCAUUUUUAACCCCAGGGAUUAUCUACCGAGUUGAUCUAAAGACUGAUGAAGAACCACAAGUGUUCCGAGAAAUCAAAGUCAAUAAUUUCGAUCCCAAGGCUUACAAAACCUCGCAGGUGUUCUAUACGAGCAAAGAUGGCACCCGAAUUCCCAUGUUCGUCGUUAUGAAGGCGAAUGCUGUCCUGGAUGGAUCUAUGCCUGCACUGCUCUAUGGCUAUGGUGGCUUUAAUGUUAGCGUUCAGCCAACGUUUAGUGUCACUCGACUUGUAUUUAUUCAGCAUUUCAAUGGAGUCCUGGCGGUGGCAAAUAUUCGUGGUGGAGGAGAAUAUGGGGAGAAGUGGCACAAUGGAGGACGUUUUUUGAAUAAACAGAAUACUUUUGACGAUUUUCAAUGUGCAGCCGAAUACUUAAUAGAGAAGAAGUAUACAACGUCUAAAAAAUUGACGAUUCAAGGGGGAAGUAAUGGAGGAAUGGUUAUCGCUGCUUGCGUUAAUCAAAGACCGGAUUUGUUCGGGGCUGCUAUUGCAGAAGUUGGAGUUAUGGAUAUGCUUCGAUUCCACAAAUUCACUGUAGGCUACGCCUGGAUAUCGGACUAUGGUAGUUCUGAUGAGAAAGAACAUUUCGAGAAUUUAAUCAAAUUUUCACCACUUCAUAACGUCCGAGCUCCAGAAAAUGGCACUCAGUAUCCUGCCACAAUGUUGUUAACUGCCGAUCACGAUGAUCGAGUUGUGCCAUUACAUAGUUUGAAAUUGAUAGCCACAAUGCAGCAUAAACUGGGAAAACUUCCUCAACAGAGUAAUCCAAUUUUGGGGAGAAUCGAGACAAAAGCGGGACACGGUCACGGUAAACCGACGACUAAAAUCAUUGAAGAACGAACCGAUAUACUCGCAUUUAUGACUCAAACGCUGGGCCUGGAAUUUCACAAGUGAAUAAUGAAGCCGAGGAAUUCACGAUAAACUGCGUUUUUCACGUGCAAAAUAAAUUGUUUUGUAUAUUUCCUCGAUUACAUUCUAUUCCAUUGAAUCUGAGUAUCUAUUUUGAUACUCAAUACACACGCUAUCAACUAAUUAGACCCUCUCAGUGAUCUAGCCCCCCCACCUGCGAAUUCGUAUCAUUAUUACCACGUGCGAGACAUUUAUGGCCAGCUAAGUACACCCAAUUUUCCCGAUUAUGAAGUUAUGCUAAAUGAUUCGUAAAAAGGAAAAUCGAUAUUACAAAAAUACAGAUUCAAAAAUUUAUAAUUUCUAUGUUGUAAAAAAAGAUUUAUUCAUAUGGAGUUUUAAUACAUUUUUUUCAAUGGAACGAAAGUGGUUUUACUCAGUACUCAAAUGAAUUUUAAUUAUGAAAUCCUCUGAACCAUGAAAAUAGUUCAGAAUUGUGGAAAUUCAGGAAAUGUCUUUUGCGAUUUUUUAAUCAAUUGAAAAUUCUUUUUCGAAAUAAAAAAUGUCUAGUUGA